GGUGUUCAUAAUCACGAAUCGUAUGUCUAAAUGUACGGUAAUGUUAACCACGGUAUAGAUGUAAAUAAACUUGAUUUUCUGAUUUUUCGUAAAUCGGAAGCAAUAUGUCUAUGAAAGCGAUAAGCAGCUAAAAGUAUUAUUUGAGAUCCAUAUUUAUAAUUUAAUGAAUUCCCCUUCUCAUGAACUAAGAUAGAGAGUUAUAUAUACUGGAUUUGAAAAUAUAUACAAAGGAAUGAACAUAAUUUUUGUUGAAAUAUACAGUAGCACUUCGCAUUUAAGGCCUACCCUUGGUUGAAAAGAGUAAAUUUGUUUGAAGAAACUCGGAAAAUGAAGGAAUUCCUUAAUUCUUUAGAACAAGUAUGGAUCAAAAUUUAGAAAUGCAUACAAAUAUCAACGAAAUCAAAAUAAAACAUGAAGAUUCAGAAUGGGAUAAAAUGGCUGAAGGAAGAAAUUUUUCGAUAAGUGGAAAGGACUUGUAUAAGGAUUUCAAAGUUGAAAUAAUCAAACAAGAAAUCGAGAAUAGUGAAAUUGAACCUUUGGAUGUUUUCACUUGUGAGUUUUCCGUCCACAACAAAGUUGAGAGGAACAGCAAAGAAGGACUACUGGAGAUGAAAAAUACAUCACUGGAAUCAAAUGUGGUUGGUGGGGCGUCUAACUCAGAAGAAUCGAAAGUUCUCUUAGUCACAGAAAAAGAACCAGCUGAGUUGGAUGAACUGAAUAAUUGUAAAAUUACCAAAGUCAAAACUAGACGUACAAGAAGAGAUUCUGAAGAGCGCAUUUUCAGAUGUAAAUAUUGUUCAAAGACCUAUUACCACAGGAGCAGCGUAAAACUGCAUGAGAGAAACCACACAGGAGAAAAACCAUUUUAUUGUAAUAUGUGUCCGAAAAGGUUCAGCCAGAAAUCCGUGUUGGCUGAUCAUUUAAUAACUCAUAAUGGUGAGAAAGUUUUCUCCUGCAAAAUUUGUUCGAAAUCUUUCAAUAGACGACGUAUUAUGCUGGUUCACGAGAAAACUCACACCAAGGAAAAACCCCAUGUCUGCGAGAAUUGCGGUAAAAAAUUUUCACAAAAAAGUAACUUGACAAAACAUGCACUGAGUCAUUCAAGUGAAAGGCGUUUCCAAUGUGAUAUUUGCUCUAAAACUUUCACUCUGAAUGGGACUCUGACAAAACACAAAAGAAAACAUACGGGAGAGAGGCCAUUCAAGUGUAAAAUUUGUUCUAAGGGAUUUACUCAAAGCGGGACGCUAAAAAGGCAUGAGAGAACACAUAGCGGUGAUAAAUUCUAUCAGUGCCAAGUUUGUUCAAAAGCCUAUACUCGGAGAGAUUAUCUGCUGGUCCAUAGUGAAUCACACUGUCGGCAAAUCACCAUAAAAAAUGACUGACUGCCAAUAUUUUGAGGUAGAUUGCAACUAACCCAGUCAAAAUGGACAUUUCAAUUCACAAUCAUUUGAAUAUACCUGAAAAUUAGUACAGGUCUUGAAUAUACUGUUAUAAAUAAAAUAUCAAAAGUCUCCAUUGAACCAUUUUGUGCUAAAAAUUUUAUUAAGGAUUGAUGGUCAAAAAAAAUUCUUGCUAACGACCAAAGUUAUCGUAAAAAUUUGUCAAAUGAAUGUUAUUGAUCAUGCAAUUUUCUAUAAAAAUUGUUCUUGUAUUUUUUUCCUACGAAUUACCAUUACUGAGAUAUCACUUUCUUUCAACAGUUGAAGUAGUUAUAUCACAUAAUAUGCACAUUUCUGUUCCACUUGCCAGGUAGAAUAUUGCAGGUUUUUUUUUCAACACAAGUGUAUUCAGGACCUCUACCAAUUUCUAUUUCUAUAGGAAUCAUUGUAAUCUAACCACUAUUUUAACUGGAUUAAGUCAAAAUGAGAAAAAAAUCAAGUAGCUUGGAAAAGAUGAUGUCAAUUCAACCAUUCAUACCUAGUAAAAAAAUAUAGCAUGCGACAUUUUACAUUUUAUAUGUAAAUAAUAGGAAAAGUCAUAAUUAUUAAAUUUUAUUUUAAAUUUAAAAAUCAUACUUAAUUUGUACAUACAAAUUUGAAUCGAUCUUUGAUGUAUAUUGAUUUGAAUAAAUAUAAUAACCACCCACUAA